AUGAACCCUAUUCCCAAGCAACAGCGCGCUGCUGUUCGUAGCGGGUCAGGCGACACGGCCACCACCAGUAUCGAAACCAUCGAUGUGGAUCUCCCCGGACCAGGCGAGAUCUUGGUCCGCAUUACGUGGACCGGGUUUUGCGGCUCUGAUAAGUCUCUCCUUCAGGAUGAAUGGGCUGGGUUUGGGGUGACAAUGAAGCCCCAGAGCAAGGGGGUCGCAGGACAUGAAGGUGUCGGCGUUGUUGUAGCGGUUGGCGAAGGCAUGGAGAGCCGUUGGAGCAUCGGGGACCGCGCUGGCAUCAAGUGGAUUGCGAAGACCUGCGGCGAAUGCGAGUUUUGUUUGAGCGGCGUGGAUGAGGUCAACUGCCUCAGACAGAUCAACAGCGGGUUUACCACCCCGGGUACCUUCCAAGAGUACUGUGUGGCUGAUGGCCGGUAUACUUCCAAAAUCCCCGACGGGGUUUCGGAUGAAGAGGCGGGGCCUAUCAUGUGCGGUGGAGUGACUGCCUAUGUUGCCUGCAAGCGGGCCAAUGUCAAAGCUGGCCAGUGGAUUGUACUCCCCGGAGCUGGCGGUGGCCUAGGUCAUCUGGCGAUUCAAUAUGCACGGGCGAUGGGCAUGCGAGUCAUCGCUAUCGAUGGCGGUGAUGAUAAACGAGAGUUGUGCCAUAAGCUUGGGGCGGAGGUGUUCAUUGACUUCCUAGUGACAACAGACAUUCCUGCGGAGAUCAGGAAGAUCACAACAUACGGCGCACAUGGAGUAAUCGUGACAGCUGCAACGAAGACAGUGUAUGCGACAGCGCCCACAUAUCUUCGUCCGAAUGGCACGUUGGUGGCUGUCGGUCUGCCUGCGGAUCCCACCGUGCUCGCGGGGGCUCCUCCCAUGUUGUUGUCUCUCAGGAGAUUGAAUAUUGUUGGUACCCUGACAGGAACGCUGAAAGACGUCGAAGAGGCUCUGGAUUUCACAGCACGAGAUGUCGUUCACCCUGUUUUGGUCAAGGGAAGACUCGAAGACCUCAACUCAUGGGUCGAGAAGAUGAAGCAAGGUCAAUUGGCUGGGCGCGCAGUGCUUCAGGUUGCGAACUGA